AUGACCAUUAGCAAUCAAAAUACAGAUAAUUCAAACAUCUAAAAUAGUGAUAGGUAAAAUAAUAUAGAUAAUAGUAGAUUACCAUAAGUUGAACUUGAUAACUAUGAAAUGAGGGAUGAUAAAGAUAAAAAGAAUAAUGACAUUUCUGAUAUAUUAAAAGAUAUAGAUGAAAUUUAAAAAGAUGUUGAUGAAAUGAAAAAAUAUUGUGCUGAAAUGAAAAAUGAUAUGGAUCUAAUUAAAAAAGACUUUGAUGAAAUUAAAUAAUAUCUUGAUGAAAUGAAAAAUGAUAUUACUGAAAUGAAAUAUAAUAUUCCUGAAACGAGAAAUGAUAUUCCUGAAAUAAAAUUACCUGUUAUUCCAGAAAUUAAAGAUGAUGUUGCUAAAAAUAAAUGUGAUAUUCCUAAAAUGAAAAGAGAUAUUACCUAAUGGAAAAAUUACUUAGCCUAAAUAAAAAAAGAAAUAGCCGAAUAGAAAAAUUAUUUAAUCUAAUAGAAAAAUAAAGUUUCCUUAUUGAAAAAUGACAUAGCCUUUUUAAAAAAUUUUACUAUCGUAUUAUAAAAUGAAAUAUCCAUGAUGAAAGCUGUUUUUUAUGAAAAUCAAGCAUAAUAGAAAAAAAAUAUAAAAGGAUGA